GCGGGGCAGACCUGCAUUGCGCCCGACUACGUCCUGUGCAGCAUGGAGAUGCAGGAGAAGCUGAUGCCUGCUCUGCGUGAGGCCAUCACAGAGUUCUAUGGCUCUGAGCCCCGCAAUUCCCCUGACUUUGCCCGCAUUGUGGGGGACAAACAGUUCCAGCGCGUGCGGGCGCUGUUGAGCAGCGGGCGUGUGGCCAUCGGGGGACAGACGGACGAGGAGGAGCGCUACAUCGCCCCUACUGUGCUGGUGGAUGUGAAGCCCUCUGACCUUGCCAUGCAGGAGGAGAUCUUUGGCCCUAUCCUGCUCAUCAUUACAGUGGCCAAUAUGGAUGAAGCCAUUGACUUCAUCAACAGCCAUGAACGGCCUCUGGUUGUGUAUGCCUUCUCCUCCGACAACAAGGAGGUGAACCAAGUGCUGGAGAGGACGAGCAGCGGGGGCUUCUGUGGCAACGACACCCUGAUGCACGUGACGCUGACCUCGCUGCCCUUCGGUGGUAUCGGGUCCAGCGGUCUGGGGAUGUACCACGGCCAGUUCACCUUCGACACCUUCACCCACCACCGCGGCUGCCUGCAGCGUGGCACCGGCCUGGAGCCCAUCAACACCCUGCGCUACCCCCCUUACAGCGCCCACAAGAUGGGGCUGGUCCGCGCUGCCACCUCGGUCAAGCGCCGGGGGGAAUGCCUCCUGCUCUGAGGCACCGCCACGACCGCCCUGGUGCCUCCACAGCCGCGGGGGCCCUCCAGCCAUCAAUGUCGUCUGUUGACUCCAAGUGCCUCGCUGUACCUGUCGCUGGCUUGGUGACACCCAGGGCCUCCUGCCUAUCAGCGUGGGGUGGAGCUGGUAGCCAGUGGGAUGGGAGAAAAGAAAAGAGUUGGGGCUUGGGGGUGGAACCAACUAUAGAUGGUGGCCCCCAGUUCUUGGUGCCCCACUUUGCCCUCAGUGCCCCCCAACUCCCACUUCCCCCAUGUCUCCUGGCAUGUCCCACGCAUCUCCCACCACCCCUCAUAUCUCCCCGUGCUCCCCACAUCCACCCAUGCCCAGCUGGACCCUUGUGAAGUUGGAGCCCUCACCUAUGAGCAGAUGCAUCACGCAGGCCCUCCCAGUUGCUGGGAAAGGCUCUCCAGAUCAUUGCUGCAACUGGGCUCCCAGCAACUGCAGAUCUGGAUGAAGGUAAAGUAUGAGGGCAAUUGGGGACAUAACUUUCUUAAUCACAAUCCUCAUGUACUAAUGGUUAAGUGCAUUGCCGCGUUCUAUCUUUGCUGUUUAAUCUCACUUAUCUUGCUGAAGUAAAGAUAACUGCACUUAUUCA